CAACCCUCUCCUCCUCAUCCACGCACCCUCAACGAUUGAGGAGAAAAAGUCCUCCCUUCUCAUUCCCACAGUUUCUUAAUAUCCAAAAGAAGCUUCGCCAACCACCACCAUGUCGAGGAGAUAUGAUUCGAGAACGACUAUCUUCUCCCCAGAAGGGCGUCUCUAUCAAGUCGAAUAUGCUCUCGAAGCCAUCUCCCACGCAGGCACCGCAUUAGGCAUAUUGGCGAAGGAUGGCAUUGUGUUGGCAGCAGAGAGAAAGGUCACCAGCAAGCUUCUAGAGCAGGACACAUCAGCAGAGAAGCUGUAUAUCUUGAAUGACAACAUGAUCUGCGCCGUAGCAGGCAUGACUGCCGAUGCAAACAUUCUCAUCAACUACGCCCGCCAACAGGCCCAACGUUACCUCCUCACCUACAACGAAGACAUUCCCUGCGAGCAACUCGUCCGUCGAUUAUGUGAUUUGAAGCAAGGCUACACGCAGCACGGUGGUCUCCGACCUUUCGGUGUCUCCUUCAUCUAUGCCGGCUACGAUCCACAAAGACAGUUCCAGCUCUACCAAAGCAACCCCAGUGGCAAUUAUGGCGGAUGGAAGGCAACGAGUGUUGGUGCGAACAACGCCAGCGCGCAGAGUCUGCUGAAGCAAGAUUACAAGGAGGAUUGUGAUUUGAAGGAGGCUUGUGGAAUGGCGGUCAAGGUUCUGAGCAAGACCAUGGAUUCUACCAAGUUGAGCAGCGAGAAAAUUGAGUUUGCUACGGUUGGCAAGACGAAGGAUGGGAAAAUUUACCACCACCUCUGGGGUGCGGAUGAGAUCACGACGUUACUGAAGGAGCAUGACUUGGCACGAGAUGAGACCGCAGCGGAUGGGGAUCGAAUAAUCAGCUAGAUCUUCCCGAAGUCCAUUACGGCUAUGUACCAAUAAAGAAUACUUUCAUGGCAGGCGUAGGGUGCUAUGACUUGAUAUCUUGGUUCCCAUUUUCUCGACUCUAAUUUUUUGUUGAACCUUUCCGUUCCAAAUGGUUCCUGGCCCCGAGCCUAGCGGCCUUCGUCUUCAAGCCAUCACAUGUCAAACUUUCCGGCACAGCCAUUUCCUAAUGUAUGAAAUUCAAACAAACGGCCGUAUCUAAUUUUACAUCUCUACAACUCUUCCUCUCCAACCUCCUCGACCGCAGCUCCCAACCCCCCAAGAUCAACAGCAAGAUCUGCCGCAGGAGUGGCUCCUGUCAUGAACCUCCCGUCGGAGCCGAGGACGUUGGAGCAUGGCUGAGGCGACGGUGUUUCCGGGUUGGAAAGGUACGGCUCCGCCUAGAUCGAUCUUUUCAAGAGGGACGCAUAUAUCAGGACCCGCUGGAUUGACUAUGUGGCUGGUACCAG